GGCGCUCCAACCCCGACGCCGUGCCUUGCUUAGGGCGCUCCAACCCCGACGCCGUGCCUUGCUUAGGGCGCUCCAACCCCGACGCCGUGCCCUGCUUAGGGCGCUCCAACCCCGACCUCUCAGGCGAGGACGUGACGAAGUCAGGCCAUUCAGGGCCACUGAGCGCUCUAACGCUCAUGGCGCCUCGAGGCUAUAGAGACGAAGAUCAGGUCCAGCACAACAAUUUCAAACUGCAAAAUGGCGAGGAAUCCAUCUGCUCCGAGACUCCAUGGCCGCUGCUCCAGUCAUGUACUUCAGACUCCACUCCUGAUAAUAUCAAACGGCCGUACUUUUCAUCUCUGAGUCGCAAGUCAAAUGAAUUGGCUCCUUUUCUCAACGUCAGUGGUGAGAAAAAGAUAUCGGCAUCUCAGCCAGACUCAAAUGAAAUAAUGGAAAAAGUUGCUUGGUAUUGUGAAGUGCACAACGCUCCCCAAAAAACUGACAUGAUGGAGAAAGACUCAGAAGUUGAUCCCGCAUCAGGAUCUCUGCCUGCUCAGACAAUGUGUUCUGUAUCUCAUGAGUGCAAGGCUCCUAGAUGACAAAAACAAGUUUGAAAAAUUUAACAUUGCAUUGAAUUUCAUAACUAUUUGUUCGAUGGAACUAUAUAUGAA